UCACUCAAUGGUAUGCGCGGGGGGGGGUGUCACCCAUUCCGCAGCUCGGUCUGCACAGUGGGGCUAGAGCGGCGCCCGUUUCCCCCCACCCCCGGAUUGGGCUAGCGUGGCUCCACCUCACGAGGAGGGGCCUCUUGGGCGCAGCGCUCUAUCUAGUCUGAGGUUCGUUGGCGCCUGCGCAGUCGCGGGGAGGGGGUGUGGCCAGCGCUACCGAGCCGUCGGGAGCGGACUUGGAGCCGUUCCGCGAGGCCCUGUUGCCGGUGGGGGGGUUGGGCGGCCCGAUGGCGACGUUUUUCGGGGAGGUGGUGGCGGCGCCAUCCCGGGCCGGGGUGGACGACGAGGAGGCGGCGGCGGCGGCGGAGCGCGAGGAGACGCCCGAGGACCGCGAGAUCCGCCGGGGGCUGGAGAAGAAAAGGGAGGUCCACAUCCUUUGGAGUUCGAAGUUAAGUGCAUCUACUGGAAGCUUUAUAGAUGAGCAGUUUCCUUGCUCUAAGUUUAUAUUGGCGAUAGGACAUAACGCUGUAGCUUUCCUGUCCUCUUUUGUCCUGAAUUCUGGAUGCUGGGAAGCAGUUGGAGCUGUCAAAUUGUGGAAUGAGUGGUGCAGAACAUCAAAUACAACAAGUGUUCUUCCAACAGAUGCUUUCUGUUUGUUCUACAAAUUAAUAUCUGAUCCAACAGUAUUGUUGUGCCAGUGCAAUUGCUAUGUGGCUGAGGAUCAGCAAUUUCAAUGGCUUGAAAAGGUUUUUGGCUGUAUGCGGGAGGAGGAUCUGCAAGUAACCAUUCUUUCGACAUGUCCUGUAACUGAUUAUAAAACUCCUGAAUCCACUUUAACGCUUCCUUCUCCUUUUCUGAAAGCUUUAAAGACAAAAGAAUUCAAAGAGAUAGUCUGUUGUCCACUGCUGGAGCAGCCAAAUAUUGUACAGGGUCUCCCUGCUGCUGUUCUGAGUUAUUGUCAAGUAUGGCAGAUUCCUGCAGUGCUGUAUCAGUGUUACACGGAUGUCAUCAAACUGGACACUGUUACAAUUGAAGCAUUCAAGCCUGUGCUUUCUUCUAAGAACCUGAAGAGUCUAGUCAAGGAUAUGUCCAAAAGCACAGAGAUACUGAAGAAAUUAGUGACAACCAAUGAAAUUCAUAACAACAUCUAUACGUAAAGAUAAAGUGGACAUUUAUCACCAAUCAGGACAUUCAAGUCUGAUGUGCAUUUUUGUAACUCCAGUUGCUUAUUUGAAGAUAUUUUGGAAUUAUAGCUGCUUCUUUAAAAGUGGAAUAAAUCCUAAUAGAUUUUUUUUAUAUUUUGAGGUACUCUUUAUUUGAGCAUUGUUCAAUGCCUAGAGUGGCUUUACACAUGUCAGAUUUUCUUGCUUCACUAGAUGGGAGUAUAUUUUUAACAGUUUAUUAACCCAAAGAAGACGACUUUGGGAAAAAUGUGCAUUUCAUCCUCUAAGUGGAUCGAAUGACUUGUUUUAAAUAUAGACAUGCUAUAUUCAAAACAGAAAAGUAGGUUUGAUAUCUAAUGAUGUCAUACUUUGUAAAAUUUAUUUUGAGUUAUAAAAGUUGCGUUGUCUUAAAAAAUCUAUGUGGGUGAUCUGAAUAAAGAUACUCAGAAGUUCUCAA